AGGGCCUGGGAACCCUAGCCUCUGCCCAGUCUCCUGGGCGCCAGUGCUCUUACCAUGAAAAAGGGGCUCCUGAAGCCAGAGAGAAGCCAAGGACCCAGGCUGCACCAGCUGCCUCCCUGCUGAGUCUGGACUGCGUUCAGCGGCCCUGGCCUCGGGCGUCUCCUUACAUUUUGUUCCUUUCAGGAAUGAUGCUGGCCGCUCUGCUGAUCAUCCUCAGCUGCGUCGGUCUCCACACCUCCAGGCCUCCGAACCCCGAGGCAGCUGCAGAGGCCCGGAAUGUUUCCCUCCUGAGCCUGGCUCCAGACACCUUCGAUGAUGCCUACGUGGGCUGCGCCGAGUUGAUGGAGGAGAAGGCGGCCCCUCUGCUGGAGGAGGAGAUGGCCCGCCACCCCCAGCUGCGCGAGUCCUGGGGGACAGCCCAGAAGGCCUGGGAGCGCAGGCGCCCGGGGCUCAGCCUGCCUCCCGGCUUCCAAGCCCAGCACGGGAUCGCCAUCAUGGUCUACACCAACUCCUCCAACACCUUGUACCGGGAGCUGAACCGGGCCGUGCGCACGCACGGCGACUCCCGGGAGUCCUACAUGACGCGCUUCCCCUUCAAGGCCCUGCAUUUCUACCUGACCCGGGGCCUGCAGCUGCUGCAGAGCAGUGGGGGCUGCAGCAGGGGCCCCGGGGAGACGGUGUUCCGAGGCGUGAGCAACCUUCGCUUUGCACCCAAGAGGCUGGGGGACUCUGUCCGCUUCGGCCAGUUUGCCUCCAGCUCCAAGGAUGAGGUGGUAGCCCGCCAAUUUGGUACUGCCACCUUCUUCUCUCUGAGGACUUGCUUUGGGGCCCCGAUCGAGGCCCUGUCUGUCUUUCCGGACGAGCGCGAGGUGCUCAUCCUCCCCCAUGAAGUCUUCUUCGUCACCAGUUUCUCCCAGGACGGAGCCCAGAACCUCGUGACGCUCUCCAGCGGGAAUCAGCUGUGCAGCUACUUUAACUGUGCCUACCUGGGUGAGAAGAAGAGGCUGGAGUGUGAGCCGGUGCCGCCCCGAGGGCAGGCCAGCUCCCUCUUCAAGGGGGCCUUCCCUCUGCUCGUGGCCUGGGGGUUUCAGCUCUUAGGAGCUGGGCUCUGAAGGUUCCAUGCCUGCCGCUUCGGAGUCCUGGAAACUGGGGAGAUUUAUAUGAAGAAGGGGGCCUUCCAAGAGCCUGGGGAAGCAAGAGCAUUUUGGAACCAGACCUAGCAGCCACCUCCCAACCAGGAUGGUGGGGGCUCUGAGGCCGUAGUAGGAUGGAGGGAGCUCCCUGUGUGGUGGGGACUCCCUGGGACAAAUGAGGGCAGUGCUGUGAUGGCCACUCAAUUAAACAAUGUCACAGUGUGGUGACAUCGAA